AAGAUAAGUGGUGCUAAAAUGAAGUUUAUAAAGGCCUUAAUCCGUGAUGUUAUUAAGUGCUCUCGGCAAGUGACUUAAUAUCAAUUUAUUACUCCUUUGAAUGUCGUAUCUUUAAAACAUUCUUCGUUUAAAUAGUGUUUUUUGGGGAAAGAAUAAAUAGUGAGAUUGGUUAGUGGAUCGUUUGUUAAUGUGAAAUUAAUUUAAGUAUCGUAUCAUUUCUGUGCGAAAAUAUUAGCGAGCUAUUAUUAAAGCAUGCGAGAGGUGUGCAAAAGUGGGGCGGUCGUGGCCGCCGUGGUGGCCGUGCUCGAAAAACAGACCCGCCAGUUCAGUCCGCCGCCCAAACUGCCGCCGAAGCCGCCCAAAACGCGCCCCAUCCUCGACGGAAAUAGCCCCACUAGGAAACCAACAACACCAACAAACUCCGACAAGAGCGCUUCUAAAAAUAGCCAAGACGCGAUAGCGGAACAUCGCAACUUCGAACUGGCGGUUAAAGACUUCGACUCCGUGGUGGCGGACGUGGAAAGGACGUUCUGCAGCAAUUCGGCUCCAGAGUCUCGGAAACCGUCGAGUAUCUCCAAGAUCAGCCGACAGAGUGCGUGUCCGGUGGAUGGAGAUGUGCCCGUGGUGCCUGCGGCGAACGUUUCGGACUCCGGUGACGUGACCCAUGGGGUGGGUGAGGGUGAAGUGCGGAGGGUUGCCGUAGGCAGGAAUUGUGUGACUAUAGACUUCAAGAGCGAGGGUGGAGGGUACGAGGAGGAUGAAAAUACUGGAAAGAAUGAUGAGGAAAAAAGAAGUGUAACAACGUCUAAUUCGAAGAAUCACAACAAUAAUUUUACAUCGAGUUUCAACCGCUACAUUUGCGAACCGGAGGAACUGGUUGUUGUGCUUGGGUACGAUCAAGAAUCCGCUGAUAUUGACAGUGACAGUUUGGAAGCAAGUAGUGACAGCGAAGGAGAAUGUUUUAUUAAUCAUGGCUUAGCAACUAUAGCUGAAGAGGAGAGGAUCAGUGCAAGCAGCGCUCAAUCGUCCAGAGGUGGUGAUGACUCUAGCAUAGAAGAUGAAUCCACAUUGAAAGAUCGAAAUCAAGAAUGGUCGGGAAGUAAUUCUAUUCAAGAAGGAUCCACGUCUGAUUUGUCCACGAGUUCUUCAGAGAGAAAUGGCAUCUUAGGAGAUUCGGGCUCGACCCGCUGUACCAACGAUUUCCAAUGGAUUCGUAAAGAGCCGCCCGCCGCCUUAUCGCCCCCCCGGGCAUCCCCCCAGCGUUUAUCUCCAAUCAGGAUGGAGGAGGAAUCGCCCCCGCACGAACCCGCUCCCCUGUGUAAACCCCCCAUUUCCCGGUCUUUGAAGGAGAAAGUGACCAGAAGGAGCAGCGAAAGAUCAGGUGCCCCAACAGGUUCUUCGGCGCCAGGCAGCUUGGACAGACGCAGACAUCAUCUGAAGAGAGAAGAGAGAGAUCAGAAGUCUCGAUCGUCACAUGUUAAAAGUCCUCCUAGAUUGGAAGAUUUCCAACCAAAUUUAACCCCAAACUGCCAGAAUGGUUUUUGCUAUCCCCCCACUUGUGGUCCUUACGAUGGUUAUAUGGAAAGCUUUCACAGGCGCCACGAGAGGUCUGAUCCGCAAAGAUACGGUAGCAGUCCGAUGCUGAUGGAUCACAGAGAACACAGACUCUUCUCGGAAAGAGGCAGUCAUCCAGAUAUAUAUGGGGAUUGUUCCAGAUAUCGUCACGAGAUGGCGUGUUGUUCUUACCAUAUGGGUCCUCCGCCAUGUUGUUUUUACGGUGGCGAUCGGGGGUAUCACUGGACACCUCCUCCUUAUCCUAAGCCGGGAGAACAAGAUGAAAAGUUUAGGAAAAUUCAGUACGAGCGAGACAAUCUGCAGUUGCAAGUACAAGUUUUGACUGAGCAGAUCGAAGCACAAUCGGAUAAAAUUACGGAUUUAGAAAAAGUGUUGCACGAAAAGAAGCAAAUGUUGUCUGAAGCGGAAGAAAAACUUCAGAGGGAAGUCCUUUCACGUUCAUCUCUGGAGACCCAAAAACUAGAACUGAUGUCAAUAAUGAGCGAAUUGAAGUUAAACGCGGCCGCUCUGGAAAGAGAAAAUAUGGAAUUAAGAAAUUGUCCGUACAAUAACAACAGUGACUUGAAAAAGCCGCCUUUAGUGCCUAGAAUUGGUUCGUCGUCGCAGCCUCAGUUGACUUCUACACCACAACAUUCUAGUCAGGGAAUAAGAGUGUCCCCAUCGCCUAGUCCAGUUGGUUUGUCAACGGGAUCUACUAGGAACGCCGAUUCAACGUUAUCCUAUCAAAAUGACAUACUUAGACCAAAGACACCCCCUUCAUCGUACAAACGUCAAAUAGACAUCCAGUACGGCAGUCUACCCAGGCAACAAUUCCUGACGAACGGAUCGGGCACCAACUUCUCCGUGGUGGACUCGAAUGCGAACCCUCAGCAGAAAAAGGGCGUGGCAUUCGGUAGGAACAGCAGUUUGCAGCACUUGCCCUUGGUGGCGGGUGGUAGCAGAAUGAGGGGGUUCUCGGUGCCCAACCUAGCCGAAACAGAAAGGACAUCCUGCGACGAUGUCGUACCGAAAGGCGAGUCGCCCGGUUCGCCGACAUUGUCCUUCAACAAGAACAAAGGAAUUAAGAAGCUCUUUGGAAAAAUGAAGAGGUCUGGAUCGGGAAAUCUGGAAGACUUACCUCCGGGAAUUGGAGAUUUCCAAAGGGGAGGCGUGAGAGCAACGGCUGCCGCAAGAUUAGGAUGGAGUGAACCGCACUUAACGCUGAAAUGCGAUAAGCCUUUCGCCGAAUGGGACACAGAAAAUAUCUGCGAUUGGCUGCAAGAUAUGGGUCUAGACCAAUAUAUCACAGACGCCAAACGUUGGGUAAAAAGUGGUUCUCAGCUCCAAGAAAGCCCCAUUACAGAGAUAGAGAAAGAACUUAAUAUCAAGAACCCCUUGCACAGAAAGAAACUUCAAUUAGCUUUAAUUGAUACCACAGAAAAUUCAUCCAGUGAUCCGUAUCUAUCUGAAGCGGGAAAACUAGAUACUGCUUGGGUUUUGAGAUGGCUGGAUGAUGCGGGACUGCCCCAACACAAAGAAAACUUCUUAAUCAACCGUGUAGAUGGCAGGGUGCUGCACCGACUGACUAUAGACGAUCUAGCUUUACUUCACGUAACGUCAUUGUUACACGUGGCCAGUAUUAAGAGGGGAAUUCAAGUUUUAAGGGAGAACAACUAUGAAUCGGGUUGUUUACAGCGAAGAUCGUUACCCGACGAUCCCGAAACGCCAACGCCCAAGCAAAUAUCGUUGUGGACCACGCAUAGAGUGAUGGAAUGGCUGAGAGCUGUUGAUUUGGCCGAAUACGCCCCUAAUCUGAGAGGGGCCGGAGUUCAUGGUGGUCUUAUGGUUUUAGAACCGAAAUUUAACGCAGACUUGCUAGCUUCUUUACUAUCUAUACCUCCAGGCAAAACGCUACUUAGGAGACAUUUAAAUACGCAUUUUAAAGAAUUAUUAGGCAAGGAUAUUAUCCAAGAAAAAAGGGAACUGGAAGCUACGAUGGGCUAUAUCCCUCUGACACCAAGUUCAAAAUUAAAAAUAGCUAAAAAAUCCCAAUUCUCGUUGAAAAGAAAGAAGAGCAAAGGAGAAGCAGAUUAUGGCGAUUUGGUUUGUCCGCUGAAUCCCGAUAAACAGUCAGGUGAUCUGAGUAGCUCAUCUCUUAAUAUGGGUAUGAUGAGGAUGGGAAACCAAGAGGCAGAGGAUGCCUAUCUUCGCGCUGACCUAAGUUUGGCCUCUAGAUCACUCCCAACAUCAGUUAGAAAUUCCCCCGUGACUUUGAGACACGUUUAAGCGAUUUUUUACGUUUCUCAAUUACAUUUUAACUAUAAAGUCGAUAUUAUUUUGAAUUAUUUGAAUAAACUCGACGUUUAAUUGAUGAGUAAACAAACAGGUAUAUCGUCAUCUAUCAAAUCUACAUAAUUAUUGAACAAAAAGACUAAAAGAAGUAGUACAUCAAUAAAAUAUUUGGAAAUAUAAUGAGCUUUUAAUAUGACUGACUUUUAUUCGGGAUUACCUGUAGCAUUCAAUUUGUGUACCGGGUGGGUCAAAUUGGACGCUUUUAAAGGGAACACUUACGCUUUUAAAACUAACUAAAAUUCAUAAAAUGACAUGUCCGAAUUAUUUUAGACAUGUUUACGGAUCUGUUUACUACUCAAGACACAAUAAUCACAUAAUUACUGAAGUUUAAUUAAGUUUUUCUCAUAAGAUUCAGAAUAAUCUCACUAAAUUAAAGUCCUGACACAUUGACUUUCUAGAGUUGAACACUGCAUAAAACUAAGUACAAAGUCAAAAAGAAAUAAACCCAGAAAAGUGCAGCAAUCCCGCAAAAAUUCAAUAAAAAAACUGGGAAAAACUAUAUGACUACUUUAUAGUCUUUUUAUUCAGUGUAUUUAUAAAGGCCUUAUAGAUAUCUGAUAUUAUAGUAAAAA